AUGUCCUUUCCGGCCGUCAGUGGCCGCCGCAGGAGGAGCCGGGACUGGUUGCAGAUGGUUGAUACAAUCCCUACUUCCAAUCCGGUGGUCGUCGAUGGCGAGAUCUACUGGGUCAACGGUGAGUUGCCAAUAAUCCCCGACGACGACCGCCGCAGGCUGGACAAAAUCCGGCGACAGCGGGAGGAUCUGGAUAUGGUUUUAUACGGCCUCAACCGCAAGCGUGCUCGAGCCCCCGCCUCCAGCGAUGAUGCCAUCCAGGGUCUGCUGCGGGAGGCGAGGGCCGGCGACGCGGGGAUGCCGGAGGAGUGCGCCGUGUGCCUGCGGGAUUUCGACACGGACGCCAAGGAGACACUCAGGGUGAUGCCGUGCUCCCACGCCUUCCAUCCGUACUGUAUCUUCAGCUGGCUCCGGGUUAAAGCUGUCUGCCCGCUGUGUCGUCACGCCUUGCCCACGCAGCAGCAUAAAGACCCAGACUUUGAGGAUGAAGAUGACUCCGACGAAGACGACGCCGUAAAUCAUCAGGAGGAGAGCACACCGGUGGUGCCAGAUCCAGAGGAGCCCUAA